AUGGCUACCAUGGUCGGCACAGGCGGCAUGUGCGACUGUCAGUGCGAGCAGCGGUGCGAGUCGGUGUGCAAAAGAGGCGGCCCGGCGGGGUCUGGGCGGGUGCGGAUGUGGUUCGAGGAGGAGAUUGAGGAAAACCUGAGAUGGGUCUUCGGCGUCACUAACAUUCUCCACACGGGGGUGAGCGAGUUUCAAGACAUCGAGCUUCUGGAGAGCGGGCCCUUCGGCAAGGUGCUGGUGCUGGACGGCAAGCUGCAGAGCGCGGAGGCGGACGAGUUCGUGUACCACGAGUCGCUCGUGCACCCCGCGCUGCUCUACCACCCGCAGCCGAAGCGCGUGUUCAUCAUGGGGGGCGGGGAGGGGUCGACAGCGCGCGAGUGUCUAAAGCACAGCAGCGUGGAGAUGCUCGAGAUGUGCGACAUCGACAAGGAGGUGGUGGAGUUCUGUCGGCGCCAUCUGACCAUCAACCGCGACACCUUUGCGUCGCCGCGCCUCAAGCUCAUUAUCAACGACGCGCUUGAGGAGCUGCAGAGCCGAACAGCGGAGGAGGGGUACGACGUAAUCAUAGGAGACCUGGCAGACCCAGUGGACGGCGGCCCCUGCUACAAGCUCUACACCGAGUCCUUCUAUACCUCGCUGCUCAAGCCGCGCCUCAACCCGGGCGGCAUUCUCGUCACGCAGGCGGGCCCUGCGGGGAUCCUGUCGGCACGGGAGGUUUAUACGCCGAUUUACAACACGCUGCGCCAGGUGUUCAAGUAUGUGGUGCCUUAUGCGGCGCACGUGCCAUCAUAUGCCGACACAUGGGGCUGGAUCAUGGCGUCAGACACGCCGUUCCCGGAGAUGGCAGCUGCUGACGUGGACGCGAGGAUACAGCAGCGCGUGGACGGCGAGCUGCGCUUCCUGGAUGGUUCCACCAUGCUGGCCGUGGCCUCGCUCAACAAGCACCUGCGCAACCAGUGA